UGUCACCCGACCCGUUACCGUUACUCUUUGUCUUUGUCGUAAAAACAUCUAGCUGACAUCACGCAUUGCCACUUCUGCCGUAUCGUAUCGUAUCGUACCGUAGACUAUCGGUCCGACGACCAUCGUCCUGACCUUGUUGUCCUCGAUGGGAGGUCUUCUUUUCGGCUACGACACCGGCCAAAUCGCCGACAUCCUCCUCAUGGAAGACUUUCUCGACCGGUUCGCCCAGACCAACUCGGCCGGCGAAAAGGAAUUCAGCGUCGUCAGAGAAGGCUUGGUUGUAGGGUUGUUGUCAAUUGGGACUCUUAUUGGAGCGAUCGUGGGAAGGUAUUUCAGCGAUUAUUUGGGGAGGAGGAAGGCGAUUGCGAUCUUUUGUGGGAUGUUUAGUGUGGGGGUUUUGAUUCAGGUCACCGCCUUUACCUCCUGGGUCCAGAUCAUGAUGGGCAGGUUCAUCUCCGGAUGGGGCGUAGGAGGCCUCUCAGCCGCCGUCCCGGUGUACCAGGCAGAGUCGGUCCCGAAACAGGUCAGGGGGGCGUGUACGAGUACUUAUCAGUUGGCCAUCACUCUGGGUAUCCUCCUCGCCUACGCCUUUUCGAUUGGCACUCGGGAACUGGACAACUCGGGUUCUUGGCGAAUCGUCAUCGCCCUCGGACUCGUCUUCUGCCUCAUCCUCGGCGUAGGCAUCUUCUUCGUCCCCGAAUCCCCUCGAUGGUUGAUAGAAAAGGGCCGGACGGAGGAAGCCCGUAGGGGGAUGGCCCGUGUCAGAGGGCUGGAUGAGAACCACCCGUUGGUCAACUCGGACUUUGACGAGCAGUGGGCCGCACACGAGCUGGAUAAACGCGCGGGGACGGGCAGUUGGGUAGAGUGUUUCCUCGGGGAAGGCAAGGAGGUGCAUAACAAGGCGCCUUAUAGGACCAUGGUUAUGAUCGUCAUGAUGGCGUUCCAGCAGUUGACCGGGGCGAACUACUUCUUCUAUUACGGAGCUACCAUCUUCCAGUCGGUCGGGAUCGAGGACUCGUUUGUCACCCAGAUCAUCCUCGGAGCGAUCAACUUUGUCUGCACGUUCUUCGGUAUCUGGGUCAUGGGACGAUUCUCUCGACGAUGGCCAUUGAUCAUCGGAGGUAUCUGGCAAUCCUGCUGGUUGUUCGUCUUUGCUGGAGCCGGUGUAGGAGGCAACCCGGAAGAGAAGAAGUACGGAACCUUGAUGAUCGUCUCGGCCGCGCUCUUCAUCUUUUCGUACGCCUCGACCUGGGCGCCGGGGAUUUGGAUCUUGAUCGGAGAGACCGGGACUCGAAAGAACCGAUCACGUCAGGCCGCGUUAGGUACCGCUUCGAACUGGCUGUGGAACUUUUUGAUCGCCUUCUUCACCCCCUUCAUCACCAGAGAGAUCAACUAUGGCUACGGUUUCGUCUUUGCCGGUUGCAACCUCGCCGCCGCGGUCUUUACCUACUUUUUCCUGUACGAGUCUUCGGGGAUCUCGUUGGAGAUGAUCGACGCCAUGUACAGCGAACCGGGGUUGAAACCUUGGCAGUCCGGGAAGUGGGCGCCCGAGCCCUACGCCUCGAGAAAGGAAGCCAUCAGGGACGAAAAGAGCAAGGGCGAAUCGAUGAUGCUCGAACACAGCGAACAUGGAGAGAACCGACGACGACGAUUCGAUUCGAGCGAUUCGCAGAGGACCGCCGCUGGCCCCACUCCUGUUGCUGUGCACAACAAGAAGGCUCAGCCGGCUUGAUCCACCUAAGAGCGUCAUGCGUCAUGCGUCAUCGCUUGUGAGGCGAGAUCGAAAGAAGAGGACGUUCGAUUGUUACGUUAUUACCAUUCAUAAUCAGAUUAAAUUCAAGCUCUGAACUGUAUCACUUCGGCUCGUACCGACCCUAUGUAUCCAAACAGAACAAUAUAUGCAAUGCUAGCCGAGUC